UCCCCAAAAAGGAGGGGGAAAAGUCACAUUUUAAGUAGCGAUAACAAAAACAAGGUUCGUAAGGAGGUGAGGACUCAUAUCUUUGCGGACAUAUAUUUUUAAUUCGUAAAAAAAUAUGGCCGAGAACGUUCUGGACUCUGGCCCGCCUUCAGCCAAGAGGCCUAAACUCUCUUCUCCGGCACUUUCAGUCUCAGCCAGCGAUGGAAAUGACUUUGGCUCCCUCUUUGACCUGGAGCACGACCUUCCUGAUGAGCUCAUCAGUUCCUCAGAGCUGGGCUUGGCCAAUGGAGGGGACCUCAGCCAGGUUCACACCAGCCUUGGCAGUGGUGCAGGGGGAGUUGGCCUGGGGGUUGUUGGAAGCGGCGGGCAGGACGCAGCUGCCAAGCACAAGCAGCUCUCGGAGCUCCUCCGGGGUGGUGCCCCACCUGCAGGACAACAACAGCAGGGGGCGGUGGACAGCCCAGCCGGGGCCUCCAUGGGCCUUCUGGGGAGCAUGAAGGCAUCGCCAGGGCCCCAGGGAAUGGGCCCCCAGACACAGCAGCACCUCUCGUCUCAACAGGCCAGUCUAAUGCAGCAGCAACAACAGCAAAUGUCUGGCAUGGUAGGUGCCAUGAACAGGGGCAUGCUAGGAGCCCAGAAGGGUAACGGCCAGCAGCAGCAGACUGGGGGGCCCACGCCUCAGCAGCAAGGGAUGCUGGGAGUGCAGAUGAUGAACGGGUCACCCAGAAUGGCAUAUCCGAACCCAGGAAUGGGCAGCAACAGCAACCUGCUGGCAGAGAGCCUACAGCCGCAGCAGGCAGCAGGAAACCAGGGCGGACUGAGAGCACAGCAGCCAGGAGCACUGAACAAGAUGGGAAUGAUGGCUGGUGGAGGCCCUUAUGGAGGGCCUUAUGGGCAGCCUGCAGGUCAGGGUCUGGGAGGAGCAGGGCUGGCCCCGCAACUCCAGAACAAACAAGGUCUGUCCAAUAACCUGGCCCAGUUCAACCUGGACAAGAAACCCCAGCCAAUGCAAGGCAUGGCAGGCAUGGCCUCCCAGCAGCCUCCAGCAGGUGGCACAGGGGCUGGAGGGGCUACUGGCAUGGUGCCCAACACCCAGGGAGGCCUCGUCCCGGCCUCAGCUGCGUCAGCGGCAGCGGCGGCGGCGGCAACAGUGGCAGGAGUGCCCCCGACGGCCGACCCAGAGAAGCGCAAACUCAUUCAGCAGCAGCUGGUGCUCCUGCUCCACGCCCACAAGUGCCAGCGGCGAGAGCAGGCGAACGGGGAGGUGCGGCAGUGCAACCUGCCCCACUGUCGCACUAUGAAGAACGUGCUCAACCACAUGACACACUGCCAGGCUGGCAAAUCCUGCCAGGUGGCACACUGUGCCUCAUCCAGACAGAUCAUCUCCCACUGGAAAAACUGCACUCGGCACGACUGUCCCGUCUGUCUGCCACUGAAGAACGCGGGAGACAAGAGGAACCAGCAGUGUGAGUCUCUUCUCGGCUCUGCUGCCGUGGGCUUGAGCAACACUUUGGGCGCUGUUUCCGGUGGCACUCCCACUGCACCCAACCUCAGCACCCCAGGCCAGAUAGACCCCAGUUCUAUUGAGAGAGCUUAUGCAGCCCUGGGCCUCCCUUAUCAGGGCAACCAAGCUCCACCCCAGCCUGCGCAGUCGGCAUCCCGGGCACUUAACGCCAUGAUGGGGAAUCCCAUGGGUGUGAAUGGGGCCGUUGGCGCUCAGUCUCAAAGCCAGCAGUCUAAUCUUCUUCAGGACACUAUGAUGCAUCUGACCAUGAAAUCUCAAAGUCUGAUGAAUGACAGCAGUGGUGUGGGUAGCGUGGGCACCAUGCCUGCUGCGAGUCCGGCUGCCGCUGCCAGCCUCAGGAAAAGUUGGCAUGAGGACAUCACGCAGGAUCUACGCAACCACCUCGUCCACAAACUGGUCCAGGCCAUCUUUCCUACCCCAGACCCUGCUGCUCUAAAGGAUCGGCGAAUGGAGAAUCUGGUGGCCUACGCUCGGAAAGUGGAAGGCGACAUGUACGAGUCUGCAAACAGUAGGGCGGAGUAUUACCACUUGCUGGCGGAGAAGAUCUACAAGAUCCAGAAGGAACUUGAGGAGAAGCGGCGGACACGGCUGCAGAAGCAGGGCAUGAUGCCUGCUGCGCCCGGCAUGCCCUCCGCUGGCAUGCAGCAGGGUCCCCCUGCCAUUGGCCAGCCUGCGCCACCUACGGGACUACCCCCCAACGGUCCCCUGUCAGAUCCUUCCCUGGUGCGACCCACUGGACCGAACCAGAUGGUUAACAGGAUGCAGAACCCUUCUGGUGGAAUGAAUCCAUUCAAUCAGAUGGGAAUGCAGUCUAUGGGUCAGAGGUCAACGCCCCCUCUUCCAAUGGGUGCACCUCUAAACCAGAUGGGUAUGGGAGCUGCAAGAAUGGCUCAACCCAAUGUUCCCCAGCUCCAGAAUCAGUACAUGCCGCCUGGGCAGUUUCCAGGGACAAAUCUUGGCACUGGCCCAGUUGGCAUGGCUCAGCCAGGCUCUCAAGGUGGUAUCGCCCAGACGCAGAUGCCAACCCCUCCCUCCAUGCCGGUCAGCAGCCCGUUGGCCCAGCCUGGCUCGGCGGGAGGGGCAGGGAGCGGCACCUCGGUGGGCUCGCUGGGCCCGGGCAGUGUGGGCGGGGCCAACCAACCUGCCACACCUUCGCAGGGCAUGAGCCUGCCGCACUGCCCUCCCGUCCGGCAGAACUCCCCAUCCCCGGCACGUAGCCGCACGCCCACGCCGCACCUCACGCCCCCUGGUCUGCCCGGCUCACAGACGCCACAGGCUCACACUCCCGGCCUGCCCCAGUUAACCCCUGCUGCCCCUCAACAGCAGAUACCUCAGCAAGCCAACGCGGACAAAUCCAUGCCGAUACAGCAGCAGCAGCUAGGAGGAGGACCUUCGUUAAGCACCCAGAGCGGUUUGGCCACCCCAACCACUGGCCUUACCCCUCAACUUCCUCGCACUCCUCUGUCCCAGAAGGGCUCCUUGGCGAUGGAUGGCCAGGCUGCUACACCUGCCUCCGUCAGCAGUGCAGACGCCUCCUCCCAGCAGCCACCGUCAGACGGGCAUGAACUCAAGAUGGAGGUGAAACAGCAAGAAGAGGACGAAGAUGAUUCGAUGACAGGGGGGAGGAGUGGAAAGAAAGGAGACAUUAAAGUUGAAGAGAAGCCUGACGUGAAAGAUAUCAAGAAAGAAGAAUCGACAGGGGAGGGUUGCAAAGGGAUUCCUACAGACACGUCGUCUGUGACUGAGGACAAGAAACCCGACGUGAAGAUGGAAGCUAAAGACAAAGAUGAAGGCUCGGGAACAACAGGAGGGCAAAGCGCGGCCUCCGGAACGCAGAGCAAAAAGAAAAUUUUUAAGCCGGAGGAACUGCGACAAGCUCUGAUGCCCACUUUGGAGUCCCUCUACCGUCAAGAUCCUGAGUCUUUACCCUUCCGCCAGCCUGUGGAUCCCUCGCUGUUGGGAAUACCUGAUUAUUUCGACAUUGUGAAAAAUCCCAUGGAUCUGUCUACCAUCAAACGAAAGCUCGACACGGGCCAAUAUCAGGAACCGUGGCAGUACGUGGAUGACAUCUGGCUCAUGUUUAACAACGCCUGGCUGUACAACCGCAAGACUUCACGCGUCUACAAGUACUGCUCCAAACUGGCUGAAGUGUUUGAGCAAGAGAUAGACCCUGUCAUGCAGGGCCUGGGCUACUGCUGUGGAAGGAAGCUGGAGUUUUCUCCCCAAACUCUUUGCUGCUAUGGGAAGCAGCUGUGUACUAUACCACGAGAUGCUGCUUACUUUAGUUACCAGAACAGUUCACCAAAAUAUGGGCUUCUUGCUGACAGGUAUCACUUCUGUGAGAAGUGUUUCAACGAGAUCCAGGGUGAGAGUGUGUCCUUAGGGGACGACCCCUCCCAGCCUCAGGCAUCCAUCAAUAAAGAUCAGUUUGAAAAGAAGAAAAAUGACACCCUGGACCCAGAGCUAUUCGUGGAAUGUAUGGAUUGUGGGCGUAAAAUGCACCAGAUCUGUGUUCUACACAACGAGACCAUUUGGCCGUCUGGGUUUGUGUGUGAUAUCUGCCUGAAGAAGUCUAACAAGACCCGGAAAGAGAACAAAUAUGCCGCCAAAAGGCUUCCUCAGACAAAGCUGGGCAACUACUUAGAAACGCGAGUGAAUGACUUCCUGAAGCGACAGAGCCACCCGGAGGCUGGUGAGGUCACCAUCCGGGUCGUUCACGUUUCUGACAAAGUGGUGGAGGUCAAACCGGGCAUGAAGUCCAGGUUUGUGGACAGUGGAGAAAUGUCUGAGUCUUUCCCGUACAGAUCCAAAGCCCUCUUUGCGUUUGAGGACAUUGAUGGUGUUGACGUCUGCUUCUUCGGCAUGCAUGUGCAGGAAUAUGGCUCUGACUGCCCACCUCCAAAUCAAAGACGAGUAUACAUAUCCUAUCUGGACAGUGUUCACUUCUUCCAGCCACGUUGCUUAAGGACGGGGGUGUACCAUGAGAUACUGAUUGGGUAUCUUGAGUAUGUGAAGAGACUUGGGUUUACCACAGGGCACAUCUGGGCCUGCCCGCCCAGUGAAGGAGAUGACUACAUCUUUCACUGUCACCCUGUGGACCAGAAGAUUCCCAAGCCCAAGAGGCUGCAGGAAUGGUACAAGAAGAUGCUGGAUAAGUCCGUGGCUGAGCGUAUUGUACACGACUACAAGGACAUCUUCAAACAAGCAACAGAGGAUCGCCUCACUAGUGCCAAAGAGCUGCCCUAUUUUGAGGGAGACUUCUGGCCCAAUGUUCUUGAGGAGAGCAUCAAGGAGCUGGAGCAGGAGGAGGAGGAGAGGAAACGGGAGGAAAACAGCACCUCCAAUGAGAGCGUUGACGCAACAAAAGGCGACAGCAAAAACGCCAAGAAAAAGAACAAUAAAAAGACGAGCAAGAACAAGAGCAGCCUGAGCCGAGCCAACAAGAAGAAACCUGGGAUGCCGAAUGUGUCGAACGACCUUUCGCAGAAGCUCUACGCUACCAUGGAGAAGCACAAAGAGGUAUUUUUCGUGAUCCGGCUAAUCGCUGGCCCCACCGCGAACGCCCUGCCACCCAUUAUGGACCCCGACCCGCUGAUGGCGUGCGACCUGAUGGACGGACGAGAUGCGUUCCUGACUCUGGCGCGGGACAAACACCUCGAGUUCUCCUCGCUGCGACGCUCCAAAUGGAGUACCAUGUGCAUGCUGGUGGAGCUACACAACCAGAGCCAAGACCGCUUUGUCUACACCUGCAAUGAGUGUAAACACCACGUUGAAACGCGCUUUCACUGCACUGUGUGUGAGGACUAUGACCUCUGCAUCACUUGCUACAACACAAAGGGCCAUGAGCACAAGAUGGAGAAGUUGGGUCUGGGCCUGGAUGAUGAAAGCAACAGUCAGAGUUCAGCCUCCAUGCAGAGCCCUGGCGACUCGCGACGCCUCAGUAUCCAGCGCUGCAUACAGUCCCUGGUGCACGCUUGCCAGUGCCGCAACGCCAACUGCUCGCUGCCGUCCUGCCAGAAGAUGAAACGUGUCGUGCAGCACACGAAAGGCUGCAAGCGCAAGACCAACGGAGGAUGCCCCAUUUGCAAGCAGCUCAUCGCGCUGUGCUGUUAUCACGCCAAGCAUUGCCAAGAGAACAAGUGUCCCGUGCCGUUCUGCCUCAACAUAAAACAGAAGCUACGCCAGCAGCAGCUUCAACACAGGCUGCAGCAUGCCCAGAUGCUGCGGAGGAGGAUGGCCAGCAUGCAGAGGACCGGGCAGCCACAGCCGGGGGGCAAUGGAGGGCUUCCAUCCCCGGGGAACAACAGCACUACUGGUCCCAGCACGCCAACAUCGAGUACCCAACCUCCCACUCCGCAGACGCCAACCCAACAGUGUUUGCCGCCUGUACCUCAGCCAGGAGUUGGGGCAGGCACUCCGCAGCAGCAGCAGCAGCAGCAGCAGCAGCAACAGCAACAACAAGCAGGUAUGGCUCAGCACCAUCAGUUCCAGCAGAUGCCUCCAAAUCCAGGGAUGAUGAACUCCCCGCAACAGCAGAUGGUACCGCCGCAACAACAGCAGCCUCCGCCUCCCACUGUCCAGCAGCUUCAGCACCCCAACACCCUUCCUCCGUACGCGCCCAGACCACCAGGCUCCUCUCCUCUUUCCCAGUCCCUGGGUAAACCUGGCAUGGGACCUACCAGCAUGCCUCAGCAGCAGCCCAACCAAGGACAGGCUGCCAUGCCCCAACAGCAGCCUGGUCCACCUCCAGCUGCUGUGGAGAUUGCCAUGAAGAUCCAACGAGUGGCAGAGACUCAAAGGCAGAUGGCGCAGGCAAAUAUCAUGCACAGGCCGGGCAAUCCAGCGACGGGGAUGAUGCCCCCACAUCCUCAUCAUCAGGGUCCUCAGGCCCAGGGUCAGAUGGGUAUGAACCGUCCUGGAGCUGGUAUGGUAGGAGUCCAGGGGAUUCCUCCACAAAUGGCCCAACAGGGUAUGAUGGGAGCAGGCAUGCAGCAACAGGGUGGGCCUCAGAGUCAGCUCCCACCUCAAGGGCAGCUUCAACAGCAGGUCCAGCCGGGUGCCCCUCAGCUUCAGCCUCAGCAGCAGCAGCAGUGGGGUGCCCCAGGUAUGCCUCCGCAGCAGAGACCCGGAAUGAUGGGUCAUCCUGGAAUGGUUGCAGCUCAACAGCAGCAACAGGUUGCUCAGCAACAGCCACAGCUUCAGCAGCAGCAGCAACAAGGACAUCCCGGAGUGAUGGGUAUGAUGGGUGGUCCAGGUGGGGCCGCGGCGCCCGGAGUAGGCGCCGGAAAUCUCCCACAGGCUGCCCUUCAAGAGCUCCUUCGAACCCUGCGGUCCCCAAGCUCACCUCUCCAACAACAACAGGUCCUUAACAUCUUGCGCUCAAACCCCCAGCUGAUGGCGACCUUCAUCAAGCAGCGGGCCCCGAGGUAUCUCGGACGCGGAGGACCCGGGGGCGGAGGUGCAGGUGUGGCCGGAGGUCCUGGACCCGGUGUCAUGGAUGGUCAGCAGGUCAACAUGAACCCGGCGGGAGGCCAGGCAGGCAUACAUAUGGGCCAAGCUGGUGGCAUGCCUGGAAUGAACCAGCUUCAGCAGCAGCAACAGCAACAACAACAACAGCAGCAGCAGCAGCAGCAACAACUUCAGCAACGGCCACUCAUGGGUGGGAAUAUACAGCAGCAGCAAUUGGCUGCUUUGCAGCAACAGCAGCAGCAGCAGCAGCAACAACAACAGCAGCAAGGUGCUGUACCAGGUCAAGGCCCCAAUAUGUCUCCACAGUUAAGAGAGCUGUUCUUGAGGAGGCAGUUGCAACAGCAGCAGCAGCAGCAGCAACAACAACAGCAACAGCAGCAGCAACAGCAACAAAUGGGAAAUCAUGCUCAGUUCCAGCCUCCCCAGCAGCAGGGUUACCUUGGCCAGCCUGGUAUGGCUCCUCAGCCGCCUGGUCAGCCACAGCCUGGAGGGCUACAACAACAACAGCAGCAACAACAACAACAGGGUGGUCAGCCUGGGAUGCAGCAGAACUACUCCGGAACGAUGUCUCAGCAGGUGGCAGCAGCUCUUCAGCAGAGGUUGCACCACCAUCAACUCCAGCUGCAGCAGCAGCAGCAGCAGCAGCAACAACAGCAGCAGCAGCAGCAGCAACAGAAUACCAUGGCAGCGCUUCAGGGGGCUGACGGAGGGCCUGCAGGUGGUCCUCUUCAGCAGCAGCAGCAGGUACAGCCCCCACAAGGUGGUCCCCAGACCCAGGCUUCCCAGGCCAUGCUGCAGCAGGCGAUACACCAGAGGCUCCUUCAGCAGCAGCACCUAGGUGGGGGUUCUCCAGCUCAGCACAACAACCCCAUGAGCCCCCAGCAGCCGCAGCAGAUGUCUCAGUCGCCCCAUCUGCAGGGCCAGCAGUUGCCCACCUCACUUAGCAACCAGGUGCGGUCGCCGCAGCCGUCGCCGCGGCCCCAGUCCCAGCCGCCAAACUCCAGCCCGUCUCCUCGCAUGCAGCCCCAGCCCUCCCCUCACCGCAUCUCCCCCCAGACCCAAACGGGCUCCCCUCAUCCGGGUCACCUGACGCAGCACCACCCCGGCAUGGUCGCCCCGCCGCCUCCACAGCAGCAACAACCGUCGCAGCAACAGCCGCAGCAGGCCAACCCCAUGGACCAAGGCCCAUUUGGGGGAGACCAGAAUGCCAUGUUGUCACAGCUCGGUGGCAUCGGCGGCCUGCACGGGUCAGGGGCAAAUGACAUGUUGGCAGGAAGCAGCCAAGAUCUGGGGACAAACAUUAAUCACAAUUCAUUAGACAUUAUGUAGCAUUACUGUGCUUUUCAGAACUUGUCCUAAUCGCCAGAAAGU